UAAAUGCAUGACCUAUUUUGAUGUUCUAAAAACAUUAUUAUAAGAAUAUGGCUUGCUCUUGAUGUCUCAUUGUCUUCAAUUAGCUUGUGAUACAAUCAAUGUCAGAGUAACUACUUCCUAGAUACAAAAUGGAAUUAUUGGCAACCCUUUCAUCACUGAUACAUAACCUAGACACACUGAAGUUCCUUGCAGUUUCUUUGAUAGUGUUGGUCAUCACUAAAAUCGUAACCCAAAAAUCACCAUCAAUUCCGGGACCAUGGGGUUUUCCACUGAUUGGUCACCUGCCUUUCCUUGGAAAAGAUCCCAUGAAUCAAUUUCAGCGUUACAGAAAACAAUAUGGCGACGUUUACAAAAUAAAUCUCGGUGUUUGGCCAACUGUAGUAAUAAGUGGCUUUGAUACAGUAAGAAAAGUCCUGAGUGAACAGUCUGACAGCUUUGCCGCCAAACCAGAAUUUCAUUCCUUCAAACAUUUAACUAGGAUGAGGGGUCUGACAUUUGGAUAUUUUAAUCAAAGGUAUCUUCUACUCCGCAAAGUAGGGAGUUCUGUUGUUAGAGAAUUCUCUGGGAAACAAAACAAUCAAAUGGAAGAAAUUCUUCAAGACGAGGCAAACAGAAUGGCAAGUGAGUUUCUCAAAGAAAGAGGAAAACCAUUUAAUCCGUACAAAGCCAUCAUGGAGGCAACUGGAAGCGUUAUAUAUCAAUUUUGUUAUGGCAAAGGAGAAAAUAUAAGGGAAGAUAAAGAUUAUGUUCGAUUUAUUCAGAAUCACAAGGCAUUCAAAGAAAUCGCAAAGGCGGGAAACCCCACGGAUGUUCUUCCUUGGACACGCUUCUUUUUCCGAAAAAGGCUGCAAAACUUUUAUAAAUUAACCAAAGAGGGCAAAGAGGCACGUGAAAAGAAAAUAAAUGAAAUAUCAAAAACAUUUGAUCCAAAGCAUUUGCGGCAUGCUGUAGAUGGUUUAAUAUCAAAUGCUAUAAAAUAUGAGUUAAAGGAUGAACCAAACGAAGCUGGGGUGAUGAAAGCAGACGUGUUGGGUAUUACUGGAGAUUUUUUCGGAGCUGGGUUUGAUACGGUAGCGACAACCCUUCUCUGGCUAUUUCUCUACAUGGCAGAAUACCCAGAGAUCCAAUUAAAAGUCCAGAAAGAAAUAGAAGACAAUAUUGGAGGAAGCGGUAUAAUAACUACGAAACACAGAGAAGCUAUGCCUUUUACUGAGGCCACGAUUUAUGAGACAAUGCGUUUAUCGGGAGUGGUUCCAUUGGGCCUUCCACACUAUACAACGGAGGACGUCUGUGUUAAGGGCCAUACUAUAAGUAAGGGAACAUUGGUCUUUUUCAAUCAUUACUCCGUAGGUCACGACGAGCAAUGGGGCAAUGCUUCCGAAUUCGAUCCCGAGAGAUUCCUUGACUCUGAAGGGAAACUGCUUAAAGACAAAACGGAAAACGUUUUAGCUUUUAGUGCUGGGAGAAGACGGUGUCUCGGUGAGGUUCUAGCUCGGAAUGAAUUAUUUCUUCUCUUUGCCACACUUCUGUUGAAGUGUGAUAUCAAAAAGCCAGAGAAUGAAGAAUACGAUUUUGAAGGAAUAUUUAGUCUUACAUACUCUCCAAAACCCUAUAAAAUCCGUGUCGUCUCAAAAGAGUUUUAAGUUUGAUCUGAAUAUGCAUAUGAAAAGUGUUUUGCUAUCAAAAUGUAUUAUAUUUAAUUUUGUACUUUAUUUCCCACUUUUUACAUAGUUUCGUGUAACUUUCGUAUGUAUAUGUACAUACACUUUCAGAGUAGAUCAUACUGCAUCUCAUAUAUACAUGUACAUCGAAAAUUUUCAUUUUUGUAUUUGUUAGGUACCUUUCAUUUUCAGAGCGGUAAUAUCGCUAUUUCAUUAAUCACUGGUUUGCCUUUAAUAUGUCAAUUUAUUGAAAUAUAUUAAAUGAUGCACAUAUUCUCUUUGUUUAUU